ACGACUGGUACAUAGAAAAGAAGAUAUAGCCGUAUAUAUAUGUAUAUAUAUCUGAUGACUCUCACACGAGAUACAUACGGGUUUCAAAUUUCUAGCUGAAACAUGGAUAUCCGUUUCUCUCUCCUCUUCGUUUUCUCUCUCCUCUUAGCGACGACUUUCGUCUCCGCCGAUGACGAUGACCUCGUGAUCCGUCAGGUCGUCGACGACGACCACUUGUUGAACGCCGACCAUCACUUCUCCCUCUUCAAGACCAGGUUCGGAAAAUCGUACGCCACGCAGCAGGAGCACGAUUAUAGGCUCACGGUGUUCAAGGCUAACCUCCGCCGCGCGCGGCGUCACCAGGAGCUCGAUCCGUCGGCCGAACAUGGCGUGACUCAGUUCUCCGAUUUGACUCCGGGUGAGUUCCGCCGGAACCACCUAGGGUUGAAGCGUCUCAGGCUUCCCGCCGAUGCCAACAAGGCUCCGAUCCUUCCUACCAAUGACCUCCCGACAGAUUUCGAUUGGAGGGACCAUGGGGCCGUCACAUCUGUAAAGAAUCAGGGCUCUUGUGGGUCGUGCUGGUCGUUUAGUACUACUGGGGCAUUGGAAGGUGCGAAUUAUCUUGCUACAGGAAAGCUUGAGAGCCUUAGCGAGCAGCAGCUUGUGGAAUGUGAUCACGAGUGUGAUCCAGAUGAACCAGGUUCAUGUGACGCUGGGUGUAAUGGUGGGCUGAUGAAUAGUGCCUUUGAGUACACUCUCAAAGCUGGUGGGCUAAUGCGAGAAGACGAUUACCCUUACACCGGUACUGAUCAUGGAACCUGCAAUUUUGACAAGACCAAGAUUGCAGCGUCAGUGGCUAACUUCAGUGUUGUCUCCCUCGAUGAAGAUCAAAUUGCUGCAAAUCUUGUGAAGAAUGGUCCUCUCGCAGUGGCCAUCAACGCAGUUUAUAUGCAGACAUAUGUUGGGGGCGUUUCAUGCCCAUACAUCUGCUCGAGGAACUUGAAUCACGGGGUGUUGUUGGUAGGGUAUGGUUCAGGUGCCUACGCUCCAAUCCGAAUGAAGGACAAGCCGUUUUGGAUUAUAAAGAACUCAUGGGGAGAAAAUUGGGGAGAAAAGGGAUACUACAAAAUUUGUCAAGGUCGCAAUAUUUGCGGAGUGGAUUCCAUGGUGUCAACUGUUGCGGCUAUUCAUACCACAUCUCAGUAGGAUAUGUAACCAGAGUUACAUUUAUUCACUACAGUUAGUGUCUGUACAUAAGGGAGUGUAAUUGCACGGUGCAACACCAUUCUCAAACACUGAAAUGACACCGUCUGUAACAAGUUCUACCAUCUAUCAUGAAAUGUUUAAAGUGGAAAACUGUGAUAUUAUGUGUUUUUUAAAGGUAAAAGUGUGAUAUUAUAUGUUUUUCUAAUUCA